CUUCCUUGCUUCUUCAAGUCAAAAUUCGAAUUCCUCCCUUAUCUCCGUCCCCUGCAAUGGAGCUCAAAUCUUCUUCCAACAAUAACAUUCUAGAGCAGCUGAGAAAUGGCUUCGCUAGAUUCGAGCUUGUUUCUUCUCCUACUGCUUCUGUGUCAGAUUCAAUAUCUUCCACUUCACUCCCUGCUUCAUUCAUAAGCACAACGAAGGGAAAUAGUUAUGUGUUCUUCGCCAGAAUCAAUUCCUCGAUGUGUGUUUUCUCGUUUAUUGAAUUCAACAAUCGAGUCUCUGAUAAAACCCUUUACGCUAAUCUGCGAAUUGAUUCUUAUAUUCAUCUCUAGGAAUCGGUCUCCUGCAGCGAAAAAGGUUGAGAAGUAUGCUGUGGAUAGAGUUAAAGGGGAUGGGAGAUGUCUGUUUCGAGCAUUGGUGAAAGGAAUGGCCUUUAAUAAGGGUAUUACUCUUAACCCCCAACGAGAGAGAGAUGAUGCAGAUGAGUUACGAAUGGCUGUGAAAGAGGUUAUAUGCAAUGACCCCAAGGAAAGGGAGAAGUACAAAGAAGCUUUAGUGGCUAUCACUGUGGAUGAGUCUCUGAAACGCUUUUGCCAGCGGAUUGGAAGACACGAUUUCUGGGGAGGAGAGUCCGAGCUGCUAGUUCUCUCCAAGCUAUGUAAACAGCCUAUCAUCGUCUACAUACCUGAGCACGAGCAUGGAAGAGGAGGAGGGUAUGGGCCGGGUUUUAUACCGAUUCAAGAGUAUGGAAGUGAAUUUCGAGGAGGCUGGGGAAAGGGGAAGACAAACAAGAAUGUUGUUAGGCUUCUUUACAGUGGUAGAAACCACUAUGAUUUGCUUCGUUGACCAAAUUUUUUUUUUUUGCCUCUGCCGUUGACAUUUAUUGAUAUGGUCAGAGAAAUUGAAAUUUUUUACCCAUUAGUGUAUGUGUAUCACAUAAGGAGUGCUUUGGGAGACAAAGUUACUGAAAGUUCUGUCAAUGACCUUAAACUCUAAGAUGGAUUUAUUAACAUUGUUGGACAGCUAUGAAGGUUUUACCUUAACUUUAAGGUUUUGGCCAAAUCAAAAGGCAAAGUUCGGUAUUUAUAUGGUUAAUCCGACAAUGUGUAAUAAUUGUUUGUUCUCAA